CGCCCGGGGCGUGCCUGCGGCUGCUCCCACCUCUGGGCCCGGGUUGGGGCCGCCCGGGGGCUCCACACUCGGCACAGCAGGACGGACUCUGCGGGCAGAGCCCCAGACUGGGCUCUCUCCACCGAGGGCGGCGUCUGGGGCCCCGGCCAUGCCCGGCUGGCCUUGGGGGCUGUUGCUGACCGCGGGCACGCUCUCAGCCGCGCUGAGCCCGGGGGCGCCCGCACCCGCAGAACCCCGCUGCGCCGCCUCAGACCCGCGGCGGGCACACCCUGCAGCCCUCCUGACCUCCGCAGGCGGAGCAGCAGGCCCUCUGUGCUGGCGCUCGGACUUAUUGGCACGGGCACCCCUCAACGUGACUCUCACAGUGCCCCUGGGGAAGGCUUUUGAGCUGGUCUUCGUGAGUCUGCGCUUCUGCUCGGCUCCCCCCACCUCGGUGGCCUUGCUCAAGUCUCAGGACCAUGGCCGCAGCUGGGCCCCCCUCGGCUUCUUCUCCUCCCACUGUGGCCUGGACUAUGGCCGGCUGCCAGCCUCUACAGAUGGCCCUGCUGGCCCGGGGCCGGAGGCCCUGUGCUUCCCUGCACCCCAGGCCCAGCCUGAUGGCGGUGGCCUUCUGGCCUUCAGUGUGCAGGAUGGGAGCCCACCAGGCCUGGAUCUGGACAGCAGCCCCGUGCUCCAAGACUGGGUGACAGCCACAGACAUCCGAAUAGUGCUCACGAGGCCAUCUGUGCUGGGGAACAUCAGGGACUCCGGGGCUGUGGAGUCCUACUCCUACUCAGCCUCUGAGCUCCAGGUGGGCGGGCGCUGCAAGUGCAAUGGGCACGCCGCUCGGUGCCUGCUGGACGCGCAGGGCCACCUGCGCUGCGACUGCCGGCAUGGUACCGAGGGCCCUGACUGCGGCCGCUGCAAGCCCUUCUACUGCGACAGGCCGUGGCAGCGGGCCACAGCCCGGGAAGCCCACGCCUGCCUUGCAUGCUCCUGCAACGGCCACCAUCAACCACGUGCACGCCCUCACCCUCCACUUCCAGAUGGGCUUCUGACCAGGCCUCUCCCACCUCUGUCCUCAGCCUGCGACUGUCACCCAGUGGGUGCUGCCGGUAAGACCUGCAACCAGACCACAGGCCAGUGUCCCUGCAAGGACGGCGUCACAGGCCUCACCUGCAACCGCUGUGCCUCUGGCUUCCAGCAGAGCCGCUCCCCAGUGGCACCUUGCGUUAAGACUCCUGUCGCUGGACCCACUGAGGAGAGCAGCCCUGUGGAGCCACAAGACUGCGACUCUCAUUGCAAACCUGCCCGGGGCAGCUACCGCAUCAGCCUGAAGAAGUUCUGCAGGAAGGGCUACGCGGUGCAGGUGGCGGUGGGAGCGCGCGGCGAGGCACGCGGCUCGUGGACGCGCUUCCCGGUGGCCGUGCUGGCUGUCUUCCGGAGCGGCGAGGAGCGCGCGCGGCGCGGGAGCAACCCCUUGCACUCCUUCCCCACCGGCUCGAGACCGGACAUCGCGGACGCGCGAUCCCAGAUCCGUGCACGCCCUGUCUUCCGCGAGGCUCCGCAGCCCUCUCCUCACGCGGCGCGCCUCGGGUACGGCGUUCGCGCCCCCGCCCCGAAGCACGAGGACCAGUCGCGGGACUCACACCCGUGCUCCGUCCUGCCACCUGUGCUGAGCCAGCUCCUGGGGAACCAGCGACCUGCCUCCACGGCGGCCCCGGCGCGGCAGCCCCGGCGCAGCCGCACUCAGGAGCGUCUGACGCCUGCUAAGAUGAUUAGCCUGCACACCUCCUUGCCGCCCGCACUCUGA